CCAUACAAUGGCAGAAAAUAGCAGCAUAAAUCCCAAACACCUAUAUCAAAGCCUAAAGAAUGGUGACAAAGCCAAAGUGAUGGAAUAUUGUUAUGAUAAAACUAGAUCUGAUGAUGAAAGGUUGAAGCUCAUUCCAACAGUGCACGAUGAUACAAUCCUCCAUUUAGCAAUUAACAUGGGGCAGCAAGACAUAGCAAAAGAAAUCGUCAAAAGAUGUUCCGGGGGUUCUAAUGAUAAGCUACUUAUGAAGAAGAAUGCCCUCGGAAACACAGUUCUGCACGAGGCUGCAGCAACAAGCAUGACAAGCCUUGUGGAGGAGUUGUUAAGAAAGGCAUCAGACUUGUUGUCUAUUUCGAACAACAAAAAUGAAAUGCCUCUCUAUACGGCAGCUUACUAUGGCCAAACCGAAAUGUUCAAGUUGUUGGCGGACGAAGUAGACAAAAACCAGUCUCGCAAUCUUGAUCUUGAUAUUCAUUUGCGACCUAGGGGUCGUAAGACGAACCCCAAUAAAGUGCGGACUACCAUUCUUCAUGCUGCAAUACAUGCCGAGUUCUUUGAGCUUGCACUUCUGAUAGCAAAAAGGUAUACGCAACUAGUUAAGCAAAAAGACGAAAAUCGGCUGACAGGCCUUCAGCUGCUUUCAUGUAAUCCUUCAGCUUUCAGGAGUGGAACCAAAUAUGGACCGAUCAAGAGGUUCAUUUAUUCCUGUGCUCCACAUGAGAAUGUGAUAAUGGAUAAAAAUGGCAGCCACGAAGACGAAGAGGCUGAUGAAUACAUUUUCAGCGAUCUAGGUGACGAGGAAAAUACAGGUUGCUUCAAGAUGCCUCAGAGUCAAACAUGUCCAUAUAUGAAUAACCGCUGCACCAUUGCUUUACGGCAAGCCAUCUCUUCUGUUAAUAGAGCGGUUUGGAAAAUUCUUCAAGCUUGGGGCACAAUGAAGAGGAUCUAUGGGGACAAGAAGAGGCAUGAAUCAGCCUUCAAACUAGCCAAGUUACUAAUUGAAGCAGACUUUUCAUGGGACAGCAUAGGAGUACAAGAUGAAAUCGCUAGCUCACAGGUCACCACUGCUACAAAUGAUGCUCCCUCUUUGGAUCGCAAAGCUGAUAUUGAUUGGAUAGAAGCCCUUUUAGGUGCAGAAGCCUUAAGUGGCAGCGGUGCCGUUAGUGGCGGCCCAGAAAUAGCAGCUUCAUCCAUACUUCAUUCACCUCCAACGCCAUUGCUCCUUGCAACAAGCCACGGAAUACUAGAAAUUGUGGAUGAGAUACUUAAAGUCUACCCUCCGGCAGUUGAGCAUAUAAGUGAAAAGGGGCAAAACUUGCUGCAUGUUGCUGUUCUGCACCGCCAGUUGGACGUCUUUCAACGAGUCAUUAGGAUGGAAUCACCCAAGUCAAGGUUAGUUCGACGUAUCGACAACAAUGGAUUUACAAUCUUGCACCAUGUUGGAAACAUGGCCUUUUACAAAGGAAGCACACAGCCUGGUCCUGCACUCCAGUUGCAAGAAGAGUUAGAAUGGUUUGAGAUUGUGGAGCAGGUGAUUCCACCCCAUUAUGCGAUGCAACUUGCCUGGAACGAAAAGGAACAGAAAAACGAGACCCCCAAACAGUACUUUCGUCGCACACAUGGCGAGCUUCUCAAGGAGGCCCAAGAUUGGAUAAAGCGGACCGCCGAGUCGUGCUCGACGGUGGCAGGACUAAUGGCCACCGUCGCUUUCGCCGCCGCCUUCACCGUCCCUGGAGGCAACGACGAGAAAAGCGGCACUCCACUCCUUCUUCACAGCCCUUUCUUCUUAGUCUUCAUCAUCACCGACGCUUUCUCCCUAGCCAGCUCGCUCACGUCACUCGUCAUGUUCCUCUCGAUUCUGACGUCACCGUACGAGAUCGACGACUUCCGCUACUCUCUCCCUCGGAAGCUUAUCCUCGGCUUCACCUUCCUCUUCUUCUCGGUGGCGGUGACCAUGCUGGCCUUUGCUUCCACACUGAUGCUGACAAUUUCGACAAAGAAGAGCCUGACAACAACUUUUAUAUACUGCGUUGCGUUUCUUCCGGUCACUAUGUUCGCGCUGUUGCAGUUCCCUUUGUACGUGGCCUUCAAAACGACUCUCCUGUACUCUGUACAGGCCAUCCAAAGCGUUCUUCCGUGGCAUCUCAUCUCCGUUGGUUUUUCAAAACUCAAAACCAAUUAACACCAACAAAAAUGAUCUUUAUUUUGCGUUUU